AUGGCGCACCCCCAUGAAUUGAGGGCCUAUAACCCGUCCUCUCCACAAUCUUCUACGGGAGCUGCCGAGUCUUUCAAGGGGACUCCAGAUACAAAGUUGACUGCCUUCUCUCCGGAGGAGGGCUCCUCCAGGUCUUCUCGCCUUCUUAAGCCACUGGGGCAAGACCAUAUAGAUAUCGCUCCACCGAGACUCUCUAUCAAUGCCUUCAGCAGUGCCACGGUUGAUGCCGAUAAGGAUCCCUUUAUUACCGCCAUCUCCAGUACCGCUCUGCAAAGGCUGUCGCCCACUGCUUCUACAUUCCAACCCUUUGUAUCUCCCCUGGGUAGAGAUUACCACACUGUUACCCCUGACAGCCAAACGCAGACAGGCACAAAUCUUCUCCCGACGGGGCAUAGAAAUGAAUGUAAACUCUCACAGUGCCUCUGUAUUGGCUCACCAGGCUGUGUACUUGCCGAGACCGAGUUGACUUCGUGUUUCAUGAAACUUCAACUCCUUGGCCUCAUGGUUGAUGAACCGCGACAAAUUUACUGCAAGAAUGGUGAGAUCUUUGUCCAGUUCAGAGAUAUUCGAGAUGCUGUUCUAGUACAUGACAACCUACACCGCACCGAGGCUGGUUUCGAGGCAAAAUACAUUCCGGAAAUCCAAUUUUUCGAGGGAACCCGACGGGACACCAUUAGAUACGGCUGUUGCGUAUCUAUCCUCGCUAUGGGCCUGCCACCAGGUUUGCUCGACGUGUCAAGAUUGGAAACAGCUCUGAAGUGUCAGCUGCAAUCCAAGAGCCAGCUAUACACAUACCAUACGCAGCAAGGCUAUGAGCCUGGAACAUAUGAAGCCAUUGUCCAGUUCAAGGACCCAUCCGAAGCUAUGUCCGCUGUUUUCUCGUUGGACAAUAUGAUUAUUGAGGGGGCUCGCAUUUCGUUUUCGUUCAUUGACGCCAAUGAUAAUUCUCGGGCAGCAGUUAAUACGCUUAACUUCGCAGCUAAGGCAACGGGAUUGUCUCACACCAGUCAAGAUUUCACGGGAAAUUCCCAUGCUCUGGCGAUGCCGCCAAACCUCACUCAAAUGCCCAUGGCACUUCAUGGUACUGCCCUAACAGCGCCAGCCUCCUCAUACACACCUCUAGGUAUCCAGGUUCCCUCGUUCAAGAUGUGGCCAAUUUUUUGCCAAUCACAAUUCCAACCUAACAUGGCCUAUGUUGUCAACGGCGGUCAUCACCUGUCACUGCCACUACCUGUGCCUCACCCCAAUGGUUAUCAGAUAUUCAGUCCACUGUUUCCACAUCAACCCCGUAUGUCGACAAGUACGACCACGACGAGCAGUCCUAAGCCUGAGCUUCGGAGACAGAAUGCGGCGCGUGUCAACAGAGCACCAUAUUAUAGUGUUGCGAACCACCAUAAUCAUGUUGAUGUCAACCGCAUCCGCGAAGGAACGGAUGUCCGUACAACGAUCAUGCUUCGCAAUAUUCCGAACAAAGUUGAUCAGGCAAUGUUAAAGCGGAUCGUAGACGAGUCUAGUUGGGGCAAGUAUGACUUCAUGUAUCUACGAAUUGAUUUUGCGAAUGACUGCAACGUUGGAUACGCUUUCAUCAAUUUUGUAGAUCCACUGGACAUCAUCGACUUUGUCAAUACAAGAGGCAACCAAAGAUGGAACUGUUUCAAGAGCGACAAGGUUGCUGAGAUAUCCUAUGCCACCAUACAAGGCAAAGACUGUCUCGUACAGAAAUUCAGAAACAGUUCGGUUAUGCUUGAAGCAGCGCACUACCGUCCUAAGUUAUUCUAUACGUCCAAUGGUCCACUCCCUGAGCUUGCAGGAGAAGAAGAACCUUUUCCUCAUCCAGACAACCAGUCAAAGAUGAAGAGGAGCUGUGAGAAUGCAGAGCAUGUUGGCCUUUUCACACCAAACGCUGGCCAACAUUUUCGUGACGAACAACGCCGAAGACGUUCACAGUAUGACAGGGGCACGAGGUUGGCUGCACUUGAGGAGCAUGACUUCGAGGCUAACCUGCAGCCACGCAUGUAUCACGCAUAA